GCCCGAGGAACCCCGCCACCAUGCAGAUCCUUCACAACUUACUCGCACCUCUCCUCGUCCUGCUGGCGAUUUUGGCCAGCUGCGAGUCGCGGCGAAGCGCUUAUCGCUUGCCAAAAGUCCAGGGACGCAGUGCCUCCGGCAGUCCUUCGCCUCAGGACGUGGGCUCUGGGCGGGAUUUUAUGAAGAAGUUCAUGCUGAUGCGGGGACUCUUCCAGCAGCCGCCCAGUGACAAUGUGAUCGUUAUCACGGAACCAUCGAGCCUAACGUACACGACCACGCCCACGACGACCACCACAACAACGACUACAACCGUACCCGCGGCCAACACCACGGGUCGUUCCCUGCAGAAAGACGAUGAUGAGACCCAGGAAGCUCCAGUGACCACAAUGACUAGCAGGGCUAUCGAGGAUCGACUGGAUCUGCCGGCUGGCGCGAAGGAGUCCCAGGAAGUGGCAACACACAAGCAGCCGGAAAAGCCAUUGCAAUGGACAAAGAAGUUCAAUCUGAAGCGCGCACAGUUAAACAGGAAAAAGAACUUGGUGAAGAAGACCCAUCGACGGGUCCACAAGCAUCCCCAGAAAAAGAAGAGUGUUCAAAAGAGGAAGCUGAACCAAAAGCAGUCGGCGAACCAGCAACGCAACACGGAAUCCGCGGUCAGCUUCAUCGAGCCCUAUCACAACGAUCGAAGCCAACCCCAAUCCCAAUCCCAAUCCCAAGCUGGUGGUGGUCAGUCCAGCUCCGAUUCUCGACUGCAGCGCAUCUGGCGACGCUUCCAAAUCGUCAAAUAA